AUGAAGCGGAAGCUGCUACGUGCCUGGAUCGCGCAAGGUUGUGACGAGAGCUUGAUUCGAGCACUUCUUGACGAUGAUAAAACUCAAGUUGACAUGAAGGUUGAUGAUGGACAGACGCUGCUAUCUGUUGCAUCCGAAAAAGGGCAUGCCGACAUUGUUAAGCUACUAAUUGAAAAGGAAGCUGAUAUUGAGGCAAGGGAUAAAUAUGGUCAAACGCCGCUGUACUGGGCAGCUGGAAGAGGGCAUGAGGGUGUUGUUAAGCUGCUGGUUGAGAAAGGAGCUGAUAUUAAGGCAAGGAAUAAAGAUGGUCAAACGCCGCUGUACUGGGCAGCUGGAAGGGGGCAUGAUGAUGUUGUUAAGCUGCUGAUUAAGAAAGGAGCUGAUAUUAAGGCAAGGGGUAAAGAUGGCCAGAUGCUGCUAUUCCGGGCGGCUGGAGGUGGGCAUGAGAAUGUUGUUAAGCUACUGGUUGAGAAAGGAGCUGAUAUUGAGGCAAGGGAUGAAGAUGGUCAAACGCUGCUAUUCCGGGCGGCUGGAGGUGGGCAUAAGAAUGUUGUUAAGCUACUGGUUGAGAAAGGAGCUAAUAUUAAGGCAAGGGAUGAAGAUGGUCAAACGCCGCUGUACUGGGCAGCUGAAAGAGGGCAUGAGGGUGUUGUUAAGCUGCUGGUUGAGAAAGGAGCUGAUAUUAAGGCAAGGAAUAAAUAUGGCCAGACGCUGCUAUUCCGGGCGGCUGGAGGUGGGCAUAAGAAUGUUGUUAAGCUGCUGGUUGAGAAAGGAGCUGAUAUUGAGGUAAAGGAUGAAUACGGCCGCACGCCGGUAUUCCGGGCGGCUGAGAUGGGGCAUGGGGGCGUUGUUAAGCUGCUGGUUGAGAAAGGAGCUGAUAUUGAGGCAAGGGAUAAAUAUGGCCAGACGCCGCUGUCAGUCGCUGCUGGAAGAGGAUAUGAACACAUUGCCAAGCUGUUGCAUCACAAAUCUGAAUAG